AUGUCACCAAGUUCUCUCUCACAAGCUGAGAUCAACUAGCAAUUAGAAGCCUAAAAAUUAGCAUACGAAAAAAGUAUCGAAAAUUACUACAAUAGCUUAACUAGUGAGUAAAAGAAAUAGCUCUUAAGCUAGUAUAAUGAAGAAGAUUACACAUUGAUUAUUUAGCUCCCUCGCUAAGAUAAACAGUAUUACAUGAAAAAGCUUGGAUUAAUCACUUAUCCAGAGGAUAUUGAAAAUUUAGCAAUUAUUGUCCAAAAGAAAACUAUUAAUGAGUAAGAAUUAGACGAUGAACAAAGCUUAAUGGAAGCCUCUAAAUACACAAAAUUCAUAAAUCAAUGCUCCAACUUAAGAAAAUUCUCUUUCACAGUCGAGUAUUAAUAAUAGUUUAUGGAUUACAGUGAUCUCCUAUUUUACUCAUUAGAAAGCAGAGAUAUCCAAGAAAUCGCUCUCUGCGUUCGUGGUCUUAGUAAAUCCAAGGACACUCUUUCUAAAAUUCUAAAAUCAGUGAGAACAUUCAAAUAUUCUAUUUAGAAAUUGAAAAUCUAAUUUAAUGACAUCUUCUUAAAUGAUGAUUCAUUUAAUCAAUUAUUCUUGCUCAUAAAAAAAGCUCCAAAGCUGCAAGAACUCGAAAUUGAACUUGGAGCCAAGUUCUUUAUCUAGUUAGAAAGAGUAUUCCUAUUUUGCAAAAUUUUAGAGACUGCUACUUAGCUUAAAAAGGUCUCACUCAAAUUUUCAAAAAUUGAUUUCUUGAAGGGAACGGUCUUUGAUUUCUAGCAAGGCAAUAUUUAGAUAUUGAAUUUAGAUUUUGUUGAAGCAAAGCUAUUUGACAAUACCUUUAUAACAUAACUAAUAACCAAUAAUAAUUAUAACUUAAAAGAUGUCCAUCUUCGCGUUAAUGCCACAAAUAGUAUAGAGGACAUUUUUAUUUCUCUUUACCACUUGCCCCAGCUAUUAAAAUUGCAUUUUGAAAGUCCUAAAUAUUUCUAAGAAGAUUAGGUUAAAAUAAUAAAAAACUUCAUCAGUAAGAAAUCCUCUAUCAUGUACUUCUCUAUAAAUCUUAGCUAAAAAAUUGACUUUUUAUAUGACAAAUCAGCUCGUAUAUUAAAAAACUUACCCAAUUUAUGCGCUUUCCGUGAAAUAUCAGAUGUUAAGUUUAAACGCACAGAGCGUGUUAAAAAAAUGUUAGAGUACUUCAUUUCUAGGUUUAUUAGAUUUAGAAGAACCUACAUUUACUCACUAAUUGCAAUCAAAGAAUUAAGAAAAAAAUACAGAAAGAUUCUCCCUAAAGGUGUUUGGGAGGAUUUACUAAACGACUUUGUUACUUUCGAAGAUCUUGAAUAAUUGAUUGACAAAACAGACAAAAGCAAAUGA